AUGAAUUUCCGCUUUUCUGACAAAUUCCCUGUUUUUACUCACCAUUUACGUCUGAGCCACCAGCACCAUCAACAGCGGCAGUUCUUCACUUCGCUUCUCAAAAAGGUCCAAACAACAUCUCAAGUACGUGCUUCUUUCAAUGGAAACAGUGGCAAUUCCCGAGGUAAUAUAUUUCUGGUACCUGGUGCAACCGUGGCCACUUUACUCAUGCUUGGUGCUCUUCAUGCUCGUCGGCUUUAUGAUGAUAAGAAGGUCGAAGAGGCACGGGAGAAAGGAAUUGAGUUUGAGUUUCAACCUGAUCUUAAAGCUUCAUUUUUGAGGAUGUUACCUUUACGCUCCAUUUCUAGAGUUUGGGGUUCGUUGACUAGUGUGCAUUGGUGCUCUGCUAUUUCUGCAUCACUUGCUAAAGGAACAUGUUUUCAGGAACUUCCUGUUUGGAUGCGUCCACAUGUCUAUAGAGCUUGGGCUCGGGCAUUCCAUUCAAACUUAGAAGAAGUAGCUCUGCCUCUUGAAAACUAUGCUUCUUUACGGGAAUUCUUUGUUCGGACUUUGAAAGAAGGCUCCAGGCCUAUCGACCCUGAUCCAGAUUGUCUGGUUAGUCCUGUGGAUGGUACUGUUCUAAGAUUUGGAGAGUUGAAAGGCUCAGGGGCUAUGAUUGAGCAAGUCAAAGGUUUUUCUUAUUCUGUUUCUUCUGUUCUUGGUGCUGGCUCCUUCCUUCCCAUGAUAACUGAAGGGGAUAUGCACAAGGAGAGUAGUGAACAGCAAAGCAACCUCAAAGAGAAGAACAAGAAGUCAUGGUGGAGAAUUUCAUUGGCUUCACCUAAAAUCAGAGACACUGUGUCAGCAUGUCCAGCAAAAGGCCUUUACUACUGUGUAAUAUACUUGAGUCCUGGAGACUAUCAUCGUAUACACUCACCUGCUGAUUGGAAUGUUCUUGCCCGCCGGCAUUUUUCAGGGAAUCUAUUUCCUAUGAAUGAACGAGCUACAAGGACAAUCAGAAAUUUGUAUGUUCAGAAUGAAAGGGUUGUGCUUGAAGGUUUGUGGCAAGAAGGAUUCAUGGCUAUUGCUGCAAUUGGUGCUACAAAUAUCGGGUCAAUUGAGCUUUUCAUUGAACCAGAAUUUCGAACAAACCAGCCAAGGAAAAAGAUACUGAAUUCAGAACCUCCAGAGGAACGAGUAUAUGAACUUGAAGGGGUUGGUAAAAUUCUCAAGAAAGGAGAUGAGGUAGCUGCUUUCAACAUGGGAUCAACAGUGGUGCUCGUGUUCCAGGCUCCCACAUUAAAAACGCUCAAAAACAGGGAUUCAUCUUCAGAGUUUAGGUUCGGUAUCAAACGUGGAGAUAGAAUACAUGUUGGAGAAGCAUUGGGGAGUGAUGUUUUGGGAUCCGAGGAUCCAAAUUCACGGUUUCGAUGGAGACCUUAUCUUUACUUUGCUGGAGAGUACUGUAAGAAUGGAACUACCUGUAGGUUUGUUCCUGGGAGCUUGGAGAAUCAGAUGGUGUAA